CCGGGCCCGGCCCAGCCCAGCGCAGGCGUGCGAACACGAAGCUCCCCUGGACGGAGCUCUAUCGCGUAGUACGGAGUCCACAGGGCGAGGAAAGAUGCUAGCAGGCGCCCCCACCGGCGAUGCGGGCCCCAGCUCCGGCGCUGGGAGCAACCCACCCACUCGGCCACGGAGGUUCCCCGGGGCGGCGCAGCCGGAGAUCAUGCGGGCGGCGGAGAAGGACGAUAGCUACGCAGCCCACGUCACGGAGGCAUGCCGCGACGCAUUUCGGCACCUCUUCGGUACCAGGGUUGCUGUUGCUUACCAGAAUGAGAUAAAAUUGCUUGGUCAGUCCCUUUACUACUUGCUAACAACUGGUUCAGGCCAGCAAACACUUGGUGAAGAAUAUUGUGAUAUAUCUCAGGUUGCAACCUUGCAUGGACUUCCACCUACUCCUGCUAGGCGGAUUCUAUUCAUUUUGUACCAAACUACUGUGCCCUACCUUGCUGAACGGAUCAGCUCCAGAAUUGUUGCCCGUAGUAUUGUACUCAACGAAUCUCAGUUUGAUGACCAUCCUGAAAGUGAUAAUUCUAGUAGUGACAUUGCACAAUCCACCACAAAUAGUGACAUUCCUUCAAGAAGCUUAAGUGUUUCUGCUCUGUCAGGGUUCAGAGGCCGAGUUCAUGCCUUGUGGCAAUGGGUUCUUCAGAAAUGGCCUUCAAUGCUGCCAUAUGCUCAAGAUUUUAUACAGUUGGCUAUCCGGACAAAUCUAAUGUUCUUCUAUUUUGAAGGUCUGUAUUAUCAUUUGCCAAAGCGAGCAGCUGGUAUUCGCUAUGUAUUCAUUGGCAAGCCAAUGAAUCAGAGACCUAGGUAUCAGAUCUUGGGUAUUUUUCUGUUGAUUCAGUUGUGUAUUCUUGGAGCUGAAAGACUCCGAAGAAGUAAUAUAUCGUCAAUAGCUAGUUCCAUUAAUCAAAUAUCAUCUGGAGGCUAUCCAUCGACUACAGGUCGGGGCAUCCCUGUUCUAAAUGAAGAUGGAAAUAUCAUCAGUGACAUCCGCAGUGGUAAAGCUGCAGAUAUAGCUUCUCAUUCAGAGACCUCCAAUGGCAAGAGCAAAUGCACCCUUUGUCUCAGCAUCCGGCAAAAUCCUACUGCCACAACCUGUGGACAUGUUUUCUGCUGGAAUUGCAUAAUGGAGUGGUGCAAUGAGAAGCCUGAGUGCCCCCUAUGCAGAACUCCGAUUACCCAUUCGAGUUUGAUUUGUAUAUAUCAUUCAGAUUUCUAGCAAAUCAUUUCGCACAGUAGGAGUCCAUAUCAUACUUCACUGGCGUCAAAAUUUCCAGACCAUAUUUCGGCAAGAAAACUGCAUGCCAAAAUGGUUUCGUAUACUUAAGUGGGAGAAGAGUACGAGACCAUUUCAAGAGGUUAAAGAUCAGAGAGUUGCAUACGAUAAUUUGUUGUAGGUUGAAAGUUUAGAUUGAAUUAGGGACCACAGGUAGUAGAAAUUAUUUAUUGGCAGUUCGGAUAGUAGAUAACUUGUAUUGGACACCGAUGUGAAUUUUAUUGGUUAGAACAAUGUCCGACUCGAAUCAUCGAGCUAUUUAGCAAUAUGUUGUGUCCAUUUUCGUCGCACUUAUACCAGCUUGUAUGUUUUGACUAA